AUGACUGCUGCGCAUGCGCCCCAAUGUAACAAGAUGGCGGAGAGUGCGGAACUGAAGCAAAUGGUGAUGAGCCUCCGAGUGUCGGAGCUGCAGGUGCUGCUGGGAUACGCCGGCCGUAAUAAGCACGGACGCAAACAUGAACUUUUGACCAAAGCCCUGCACCUUCUCAAAGCCGGCUGCAGUCCUGCCGUACAGAUGAAGAUCAAGGAGCUGUACAGACGGAGGUUUCCCACGAAGAUGGUUUCUCCCGUGGACCUGGCGCUCCCUGGAGUCCACAGUGCGGCCAGUCUGUCCGCCGGCCUGGCUCAGCUCAGCUCUCCGUCUCCUCUGCUUCCAGUGUCGUUACUGGGACCCAAACAUGAGCUGAGCCUGCCUCACCUCCCGUCUGCUCUGCACCCGGUUCAUCCAGACGUCAAGCUGCAGAGGCUGCCCUUCUACGACCUGUUGGACGAGCUCAUCAAACCCACCAGUUUGGUCUCCGACAGCAGCCAGCGUUUCCAGGAGGCGUGUUACGCUUUCGCUCUGACUCCACAACAAGUGCAACAGAUCAGCAGCUCCAUGGACAUAUCUGGGACCAAAUGUGACUUUGCUGUUCAAGUGCAGUUAAGGUUUUGUUUAUCAGAAACAAGCUGUCCACAGGAGGACCACUUUCCUCCCACUCUUUGUGUCAAAGUAAACGGAAAGCCCUGUAACCUCCCGGGAUAUCUUCCUCCAACCAAAAACGGUGUUGAACCAAAAAGGCCCAGUCGUCCCAUUAACAUCACGUCUCUGGUGCGACUCUCCACCACCGUCCCCAACACCAUCGCGGCGUCCUGGACCUCGGAGAUCGGGAGGAGUUUCUCGAUGGCCGUGUAUAUGGUGCGGCAGCAGACGUCUGCAGUUCUGCUCCAAAGGCUACGAGCCAAAGGGAUCCGGAACCCAGACCACUCCAGGGCCCUCAUCAAAGAGAAACUGACUGCGGAUCCGGAGAGUGAGAUCGCCACCACCAGUCUGCGAGUGUCACUGCUGUGUCCUUUGGGGAAGAUGAGGCUGAUGAUCCCGUGCCGCUCUGUGACCUGUUCACAUCUGCAGUGUUUCGACGCCACGCUUUACAUCCAGAUGAACGAGAAGAAACCCACCUGGGUCUGUCCGGUCUGCGACAAGAAGGCCCCGUAUGAGCACCUCAUCAUCGACGGAUUGUUUAUGGAGAUACUGAGCAGCUGCUCCGACUGCGACGAGAUCCAGUUCAAAGAAGACGGAGGAUGGUGUCCCAUGAGGUCCAAGAGAGAGGUGCAGGAAGUGUCCUCAGGCUGCAACGGCACGGCCACAGGUGUGAUGUCACUUCCUCGGCAGGCAUGGUCCGGACUGCGCCGCGGCUUUCAGCAGGCGUUUGCAGAGGAGUCUGGGAUCAGAUUUGAACAGAUUAGAACGAAGAGCCAGGUCUGGGAGGGUGGAUACAAGGAUUUGGCGAGCUCCACGACACGGCCCGUCACUGAUAAGUCGUGCUGA